AUGGGCUCGGGUGGGGGGCUGGACCCUCAACGGGGGGGCCUGCCCCCCAGCGCUGGGCGGGGGCUCUGGCAGCUGAGUGUGACGGUGCCAAUCGCUAUCCAGGCAGCUAUAGGUGCACUAGGGGCGGGGGGCUUGGGGGGGAGGGAGCAUCGCCCGCUUGGCUUCUCCAAGGACUACUUUUUGGGGAUGGGGGAGAACUCCCUUGGUGGGCACCACAGCAGCCGCUGCUUGCCGGCUUCAGAGGCUCCGGCCACCCCCUUGCCAACUAUCCCGGGGGUCUGGGACCCCAAGAGCUGCCCCCUCCCUCGCCCCUUGCUCUCCCUCCCCCGGAUUCUCUCUGCACUUUAUCUCCAAGGCAGCCCCCUCCCCACUUAUCUGGCUCUUUGCAGGAGGGGGCAACUGCCCCCCAGCCCGGCUGCAGGUGGGCGAGAGGAGAGGCUGCGGCCUUCUGGGCAGGCGGCUCCCUCCCUCCCCUCCCACAGGGGGUGGGCUAGAUGGCCUUGGGGGUCCCUUCCAACUCUACAAUCCCACGAUUCCUUUCUGGGCAUCCAAAGCAAGGAACAGGGGCGGCUUUCCUCCUCCAGGCAGGAGCUGCGGACCAGUUUCCCCCAGGCGGCAGGAAGAGGCAUUGAUUCAGGGCAGCUCAGCUGA